GAGCGCUGACUCUCUUUUCCGUUCUGGUGGCGGCUGCUGGCGCCUCUGAGAUGAAGCUCUUGGCUCUCACGAUCCUGGUCAUCUUCUCCUCCGUCCAUUGUGAGGAAGGGGCCCGGCUUCUGGCCUCCAAGUCGCUCUUGAAUAGAUACGCCGUGGAGGGCCGGGAUCUGACGUUGCAGUACAGCAUCUACAAUGUUGGGUCUAGUGCUGCCUUAGAAGUAGAGCUGUCGGAUGAUUCCUUCCCUCCAGAAGACUUUGGCAUCGUUUCUGGGAUGCUCAGCGUCAAAUGGGAUAGAAUUGCCCCGGCCAGCAACGUGUCCCAUACGGUGGUGCUGAGGCCCUUGAAAGCCGGCUACUUCAACUUCACGUCGGCCACGAUCACGUACCUGGCCCAGGAGGGAGGGCAGGUGGUGGUUGGCUUCACCAGUGCCCCUGGGCAAGGGGGGAUCCUGGCCCAGCGAGAAUUCGACAGGCGGUUUUCACCACACUUUCUGGACUGGGCAGCCUUCGGGGUCAUGACGCUGCCCUCCAUCGGCAUCCCCCUGCUGCUGUGGUACUCGAGCAAACGGAAGUACGACACCCCGAAGACCAAGAAGAACUGAGCCGCACCGGGCCCUCCAGCUCCCUUCCUGCAGCUGCGAGGGCGUUCUGGAGAGGCCGCAGGCAGCCCCUGGCCCUGCUUCAGGGCCUGUUCCAUUGGGAACGGUCCUCCAGGACGCAGCUGUGAGAAAACAUGGAUCCUCUGAGCCCUGCAGCCCCUCCUGCUCUGCCCCUUGCUAGCCAUGGGGCGGAGAAAUCCAUUGGUCACGGAGACCCCUUUGCACAUCAAACCCGCUUCCCUCAGCCAAAGCGCAAGAAACGCAUUUACCCUGGAGAAGAAAUGUCGGAGCCAUAGGGUUAUUAAAACCCAUGCAAACAAACCCUCCGUCUUUCUGAGAGAUCUGUAGUGCCCUGGAGUGAGGGACUUUUUUACCGUAAAAAAUAAAUCACGUCGUGAACAUGC